AUGCGCACUGUCGUGUACGGCAGGUCGUCCCACGCGACGGCCGCCGCGACGGCCGCCUUGAUGGCCGACAUCCAGAGGGAGGGCCUCCCCGAGGCGUUCAGCGCGUCGACCUUGGCCAGGCACCGCGAGGCCAGAGUCAUGGAGGACACGAGUUUCGGCCCCGUUCUCGUGGAGAAGCGGCUCGGGUCAUCGGACGUGCGCGCGUGGUUCCAGCAUCCAUUCGCGUGGCUCGAGGCGGCCUGCAGGACAUCACCCUCGUACCAGGAGAUGUUCCUCGAGUUGGCGGCCAAGCAUCAUGGGACGAUGAACGUGUAUAUCUAUAGCGACGAGAUCGUCCCUGGCAACGUCUUGGACGGCAAGAACCGUCGCAAGACGCAAGCAUUCUAUUGGAGCUUUGCCGAGCUCGGUUUUCCGGCCCUCAGCAACGAGCUCUGCUGGAACACCAUUGCCGCGAUGCGUAGCAGCAUCUUGGACGAUGUGGUAGGUGGCGUGUCCACGGUGAUGAAGGAGUGCCUGAAGCUUUUCUUCGGCCUGCCUGCAGGGCCCGAUCUCCGACGUGGAGUUGCUCUGCGCAUCGGCGGCCAGGGCAAGCUGCAGAUCAUGAUCCAGGACGAGCGGGCCCGCAAGUUCGUGCUGCAGGUGAAGGGCGCCACGGGCAUCAAGCCCUGCAUGCUGCGCAAGAACGUCGUGUGCCCCAGAAGCGAUCUUCCCCCUGACCCGACUGGGUGGUUGAUCCCAGCGCACUGCACCGACGUCAGCCUCUUCGAUCUCUACACGACCGAGGAGAUCAUGGCGGUUCAGCGGCGCCUCAGUGAUGCAGCCGAUGCUGGACGGUGGGCCGAGGUCAAGCGGCUCGAGGUCUUGUUCGGGUGGUCCUACCAGCGCGACGGCCUCCUCCAGGACAGGCAUCUGGCGGUGCCAGUUGCGGAGGCCACCUCUUGGGACUGGAUGCACUGCUAUAUGAUAGGUGGGCUAUUCGAGAGGGAGGUGGACGAGAUGCUGGGUAGGUUGUCGAGCAUUCGUAGAGGACACGACUGCCUGCGCGAUUAUCUUCAGGCUUGGUGCUGGCCGAGGGGCUAUGCGCAUGCAAAGAAUACCAUGAGUGGUGGAACAAUGCAGGGCUCCGCAAGUGAAUAUGUUUCGCUCGCGCCCGUUCUUCAGCGGUAUCUCAGCGAUGUGGUUUCGAACGCCGAUGGCGCAGAUGAGCUUAAGGGCGAGAUUAUUAGUGCAUUUUGUUCGUGCGAUGUGAUUAACUUGUUGAUCAUGGCCAAUUGUGGCCACGUGCAGCCUUUCAUGCUAGCCCAGGCGAUUUCAUCCCACAUGGAGCGCCACAGAGCGGUCUACGGGGUCCAGCUUUUUAAGCCGAAGGACCAUUGGAUUUUCCAUUUGCCAUCUCAAUUGGAGCGGCACAGAUGCCUCCUCUCAACUUUCCUCAUGGAGAGGAAGCAUCGCGUUAUAAAGCGCUUUGCUGGCGGGCGGCACAAUACGAAAGGGUAUGAAAAAGGCAUAAUGCAGGAGGUGACGCUGCAGCACCUCCACGACGUGGAGCAUCAUGCACUUUUCGGCGUGGACCUCUUGGGCCCUAAGCCCGCCAGCCGCCAGCUCAUUUCGUCCAUCAGUAAAGUUUUGCCUCUGCCCAUCGGCAGCGAGAAG